GUACUAUCACUAAAAUGGACUAUUCCGUCAGAAGUCUUCUGGCUAAGUGUGUGAGUGAAAAACAGUAUCAGUGCGAUGUGUGCAUUAAAUAUUUUUCCAACAGUAAAAAUUUGACGGUACACAAGCGGACGCAUACGGGUAAGAAACGCUACCAGUGUGAUAUGUGCAAGAAGUUAUUCGGUGACAAAUGGCAUUUGAUGGUACACUGUCGGACGCACUUGGACAAAAAACCGUAUCAGUGUGACGAGUGCGACAAAUCGUUUACUCAAAAUAGCGCACUGAUGGCACACCGGCGGACACACACUGGUGAGAAACCGUACCGUUGUGGGGCGUGCGACAAGUCGUUUAAUCAAAGCAGUACACUGACGGUACACUGGAGAAUACACACUGGUGAGAAACCGUACCGAUGUGACACGUGCUACAAAUCGUUUGCUCAAAGCAGCACACUGACUAUACACCGACGGAUGCAUACGGGUGAGAGACCAUACCAGUGCGACGUGUGCGACAAAUCGUUUAAUCAAAAAGGCGCACUUAUGACACACAGGCGAACGCAUACGGGCGAGAGACCGUACCGGUGUGACGAGUGUUACAAAUCGUUCAAUCAAAGUGGCGCAUUAAUGGUACACUUGCGGACGCACACGGGCGAGAGACCGUACCAGUGUGACGAGUGUUACAAAUCGUUCAAUCAAAGCGGCACACUGAUGGUUCACCGACGGACGCACAUGGACUAG